AUGACGUCUUUGGGUGAACAUAAAGAGAUUUAUGAUGAAUUUAAGGAAAUCAGAGAUAUUCAAUUUAAUUACCAUAAGGAAAAACAUUCUUUGGAAAAUGUCCAAGAACUUGCAAUUAACAUGAAAUAUUUCAAAGACGAUGAUAUAAUUAUCGGAAAAGAAUUUUGUCCUGAAAUUGAUGAAAUGACUUUAAAAGAUUUCAUUGAGAAAAUCAACGAGAGAAAGUUCAAUUUAAUGAUUUUGUCACACGACUACCCGAGAUACGAUCAAACUGAGCAAUGGUUUGGAACAGAAUACGCUAAAAUCGAACCUGAUCUUGACCAUGAAAAACCUUUACUGAUGUUCCAGAAUGAUUUUUGUAAAAGCUUUUUUAAGCCUGACACGAAGUUUCGACUCCCACAUGGAUUCGUUUACAUUCAUUUCAGAUGUAACUUGACGGAAUCUUCUAUUUCAAACUUGAACAUGACCUCAAUCUACUCGAUAUGUAUAAAAAACUUUUUGACAGAAACAUUUUAUCCUGCAACCGUUGCUGGUUAUUCUUACAAGCUUAAUUCUGUUGACGACGGUUUGAUAUUGAAGCUAAAUGGUUUCAGUGAGAAACUUCCCCAACUUGUCGAAGCAAUCAUGAAUGCUAUUCGAAGCACCAAUGAAUCGAUUGACAUUUCUGUCUUUGAAGCUUUUGCAAAAGAACUUAAGAAAAAUUGUUAUAAUUUUCUCAUCAAUUCGAAUUUCUUAAGCGAAGAACUUCGUUUAAAUAUCAUAAAACCAAAUCACAUGUUUUACUUCAAUCGAUUUAAAGAUGCAGAUAAAAUUUCUUAUUCAAAAUUUAAGGAAUUUCUUGCGAUGCUUUUCAAAUGCGUGAAUGUGAGAAUUUUGAUACAAGGAAAUUUUUCAAAAUGUCAAGCUUUACAGAUAACUGAGAAGAUUCUUUCACAUUUCAAUGAUGAAAAGAUAAGUUACAAGAUACCGGAAGAUGCCAAUGCUUGUCAGAUUCCAACAGAAGCUUCAUAUCUUCGUGUAAAAUCUUUUCUUCCACAUGACCAAAAUUCAGUCAUUAAAAAUUAUUACCAAGUUGGUGGAUCAACGAUGGAGUCGGAUUGUUUAUUAGAGCUUCUGGUGAAAAUUAUGAAAGAGCCAUUGUUCAAUUACAUUCGAACAGAACAACAACUGGGUUAUUCAGUGAUUUGCUUGAGUAAAAAAGACAAAAAUGUCAUUGGAAUGACAAUAACAGUUGAGACACAAGAAAAGAAAAAUUCAGCAAGAAUUGUUGAUGAGAAAAUUGAAAGUUUUCUAAAAAAUUUCAAUCAAAAUCUCACCAACAUCGAUGAGAAAGAUUUUGAAAUGUUGAAAAAAUCAAUUAUUAAUCACAAACGUAUUUCAGUAGAUGAUCUUGAAACGGAAGUAAACUUCAAUUGGAAUGAAAUACGGAAAAACUCGUUAAUGUUUGACAGAAACGACAUUGAAGCUCGUCAAAUGGAACUUCUUACAAAGAACGAUCUUGUCACUUUCUACUACGAUCACUUCCAAGGCAAUUAUGUGAGAAAACUGUCAAUUCAAGUAAUUUCUAAUACAGACGACAACGAUUCACUUCUGCACCACGGAUUUCUUCAUUUAAAUCUCAUCUCAGAUGAGAAUCACAAAACAAUUAGCGACGUUAUGAAGUACAAACAUUCUCUAGCACCUUGCGUAUAA